AGUCUGCAUUACUACUUGAAAUUAUUGUAAAGGGUACCAGCUUGAUCAUCUGUGAUGCACAUCUAUCAAAGGAAAAUGGAGUGGUGGACAAAGUCUUAGCAGGAUUAAAAAAAAGACACACAAAAAAACAGUAAAACAGGAAAAAAAAGCACCCCCAAAAAGGGAACAUUGCUGGAACAUCACAGUUAGAACAUUGCAAAUGUGCUCAGAUCUACCACAGCUGGCCUCUAUUUUAGAUUCUUGUACCUUUUUUUCCCAGAGAGCUGAGCUGUUUUUAAAGGAACCACAGGUCAAUCAAAAGACAAUCAUAGAGAAGAUAAGGUCCAAACAAGCAUUGCUACAUAAAUCCAGAGAGACUGUUAAUGGAGCAUUGUCAAUUUCAUGGAAACAGCUUUCAUGAAAAAGACUUUGAGCAAACGUAAUAGAACAGUGCCAAAUACUGGAAAAGCCCUUGUUAGUAUAUCCACUAGUUCAUCUUCAAAACAAGCUUCAUCAUCCAUUGUGCCAGAUCUUUCCACACUUUUGCCAGAAGUACUAGGUUUAAAUUCUACCAUUAAAAUAAACACUGGGAAAAAGAGGCCAGGGACUGUGGUAGUAUCAAAACGAUCAAGUACUGGAGGAAUGUCUCAAGACCAGUGGGAUCGACCUGUCAUUCCUCCAAGAAGACCUGGCUUCAGGGUAUGCUAUAUUUGUGGCAAAGAGUUUGGGUCACAAUCUCUUCCUAUUCAUGAGCCAAAAUGCCUAGAGAAGUGGCACAUUGAAAAUGAUAAAUUACCAAAACAUCUCAGAAGAUCAGCACCCGUUAAAUAUCAGGUUCUUCCUGGAGGAUCUUAUGGUACGAUGGCUGAAAAUGCAGCAGCUGCUCAAAGUUAUCAAGCUCAGCUCCUACCCUGUCAAAACUGUGGUCGUACUUUUCUUCCAGACCGUCUUCUUGUACACCAAAGGAGUUGUAAACCAAAGACCAGUUCUGGUCCUUCAGGCUACAGGUCCUCUAAAUCACUUCGACCCACAGGUUCUGGGCCUGCAUCUUCCAUCUCAGACAAGCCUGCAGUGAUACGGCGGCCCCCAACAGUUAUUUGUUACAUUUGUGGCCGAGAGUAUGGAACUCAAUCUAUAAGCAUCCAUGAACCGCAGUGUCUGAAAAAAUGGCACAUCGAGAAUGAUCAACUGCCAAAAUAUUUAAGACGACCAGAACCAAAAAAGCCAGAGAUCAAAUCCAUAGGAGGCAAAGGUUACUAUGAUCUUGAUGCUUUAAACGAGUGUGCCUGGCAAAGUGCCCAGAGCCAGUUAGUUCCAUGCAAUAUUUGUGGUCGUACCUUCCUGCCAGACAGACUGAUCGUCCACCAGCGGUCAUGUAAACCGAAGAUACCAAAAUAAGAUGCUCCUCCUUUCAAUCCAAAGUCCUAAAGAACAAAACCCCUCUCUGACCUAUAUAUUGGAGGUCUCAGCACUGAAGAAUCAUAGCACCAUGUAGAAUCAAAUUCCAAACUUGCCCUGUGUUCGUUUCUGAAUAUUGAUUAUGUAGGUAAAAUGUAGGGCAUGCCAUUUCUAAUGGUGUUUUGCAACAGUGGUAUUGACCAUGCAGUCCAUAAAGAUGACCAGAGUUCAUCUCUAGCAGUCUUCAGAAUAGACGGAGGCCUUAAGAUUGCAGAGUGAAUACCAUUGUUUCAGGACAGUGCUCUCUGUUAUGAAGUGGUUAUGCAUUUUCAGACCCAAGGGUUAAGUAAAUCAUGUGUAAAAACACUUAUUCUUCCUGAUGAUGUUUCUGUUAAAAGGUUCUAUUUGCAGCAAAAAUAAGGAUAAUAAAAGCUUCAGCAGCCUUCCUCAAAA